UUCAGGCUCUCUCUGACAGACAGCGUGGAAAGAUGGUGCUCGACUUGGACCUGUUUCGGACCGACAAAGGCGGCGACCCUGAAGUCGUCCGUGAGACCCAAAGGAAGAGGUUUAAAGAUGUCACACUCGUCGAUAAACUGGUCGCCGCAGAUACGGAGUGGAGAAAAUGCCGCUUCACUGCAGACAACCUGAACAAGGCAAAGAACCUCUGCAGCAAGAGCAUUGGAGAGAAAAUGAAGAAGAAGGAACCAGUUGGGGAGGAUGAAUCUUUACCUGAAGAAGCACAGGAUGUGGAGUCCCUAACAGCUGAACUGCUCUCGGGCCUGACGGUAACCCAGAUCAAGAAGCUGCGUUUGUUAGUGGAUGAGGCGGUGGAGAAAACUGACACUGACAGGGUAAAGCUGGAGACAGAGCGCUUUGAGUACCUGAGAGAGAUCGGCAACCUUCUGCACCCAUCUGUACCCAUCAGCAAUGAUGAGGAUGCAGACAACAAGGUGGAGCGUACCUGGGGCGACUGCAGCGUCCAGAAGAAGUACUCCCACGUUGACCUGGUGGUCAUGAUCGAUGGCUUUGAUGGAGAGAGGGGAGCCGUCGUGGCUGGCAGCAGAGGUUACUUCCUGAAGGGGCCGCUGGUGUUCUUGGAGCAGGCUCUGAUCAACUAUGCCUUAAGGAUCCUUUACAGCAAGAAAUACACCAUGCUCUACACACCCUUCUUCAUGAGGAAAGAAGUGAUGCAGGAAGUUGCCCAGCUCAGCCAGUUUGACGAAGAGCUUUACAAGGUCAUCGGUAAAAGCAGUGAGAAGUCUGACGACAGCUCCAUAGAUGAGAAGUACCUCAUCGCCACCUCGGAGCAGCCCAUCGCAGCCUUCCUGAGGGAAGAGUGGCUCAAACCAGAGGACCUGCCCAUCCGCUACGCCGGCUUUUCCACCUGCUUCAGACAGGAAGUCGGCUCCCAUGGCCGAGACACCCGCGGGAUUUUCAGGGUGCACCAGUUUGAGAAGAUUGAGCAGUUCGUCUACGCCUCCCCACAUGACGGCAAAUCUUGGGAGAUGUUUGAUGAGAUGAUCGGGACAGCAGAAGAGUUCUACCAGUCAUUAGGAAUUCCUUAUCGCAUUGUCAACAUUGUCUCCGGUGCCCUGAAUCAUGCAGCCAGUAAGAAGCUGGAUCUGGAGGCCUGGUUCCCAGGCUCCGGUGCCUUCAGAGAGCUGGUCUCCUGCUCAAACUGCACCGACUACCAGGCCAGACGCCUCCGCAUCCGCUAUGGACAGACCAAAAAGAUGAUGGACAAGGCUGAGUUCGUGCACAUGUUGAACGCAACCAUGUGUGCCACCACUCGAGUGAUGUGUGCCAUCCUGGAGAAUUACCAGACUGAGGAGGGCAUCGUUGUUCCAGAGGUGCUCAGGGACUUCAUGCCUCCAGGUUUGACAGAGAUCAUUAAGUUCGUCAAGCCCGCUCCUAUUGAUCAGGAGAUGUCUAAGAAGUCAAAGAAACAGCAGGAUGGAGGGAAGAAGAAGAAGCAGGGAGGAGGAGACCUGCCCAACGCCAUGGAGACCAUGUCCGUCAACGACUCAUAGACUCCAGUAACACCACCACUGUGUCCCUUCACCAACCACACAGACACACUGAUAGCAUAGAGCGCGGUGUUGAUGAUCAGGGUCCGUUUAACUGCUGGAGAAUGGUGAAACCAUCUGUGUAAUCGUUAUAAUGAAGGCUAGCUCUCUCCCAUCUGUGUUUAUCUGAGUGGAUGGUCAUAUUCAUCUCAGCUGUCGCUCCCCUCUCUCACAUAAAGCACACUGAAAAAAAGGGAUCUCCAUGCUCACUUCUACAGUCCACUUCAGAGUCCAUCUGUCUGUCUUUCUGUCCGUCUGUCCCUUUCUCACAUCUGCAGCAGCAACACUGAGCCUAAAACAAACAGAUAAGACCUCUAAAAGCUGUUUGUAGGACGCAUAUCGAUAUAUAUUCAAAAUCAGCAGCUACAUUUCUGGCUUCAUUUUCACGGCAGUUAGUAUAUAAACCGCUGAUUAUAUACAUGUUCGUUUUCAGGUUUUAGGGAUCUGUAAUUGGUGUUGAAAAGUGGUUUUUUUUUUUAUAUAUAAUAGUAACCAAAAUCUUCACUCAUCUGCUCUUCGUUGAGAACAAAACCGGCAUCGCCUCUGAAAAAUGGGGUCGAUAACUGUCUGAAAUGGUUCUGGGGUUAAUCUAACUAUAAUUCCGAAAUCAGUCCUGUAAACACGAUCAGGUAUCUGAAGCGUCUGUUUUAGGCUUCUCUUCACGACGUCUCUGACCACAAUCAUCAUUUCCGACCAUCAUUGCGCGACGUCAUCGUUGACCAUAACGCUUUUCAUGGGCUUACGAUUGAGACAUUGACAUUGCCUGUAUGAACUCGCUAAUAUAAAGAGAUAUAUAUGAUUGAGCAUUGACAGUGGCACUCAGUGUAAACAAAUAUUAAAUACAGUUGAUAUGGAA